CGGGCCGGCCCCCGGCCCUGGACCCUCCGGAAGGGCAUUCAGGGUCAGCGAGCGGGCCUCGGCACCUCCAGGCGUCCCUGACUGCGGGAAGGCGGCGCCUGGUGGCUCAUUCGGUAGGGCAGGCGACUUGUUGUUGGGGAGGGGGGGGCAGUUCAAGCCCCACGUUGGGCUUAGAGCUUACUUAAAAAAAAAAAAUAAACCCAAAACCAGCAUCGUAGAUUGAGUUCUUCUGAAAUGAGGCGUAGAAAGCAGUGUGUACUCCAUGCAAGAAAAACGAACGAACUGUUGUUGGUUUUUUAAGCACAAACAACACGGAGUAAAAGUGAAUGUUCCCGGAUUACGGAAGAGCAGCAGUGGCGAGGCUUGUCAGAGGACGGCUCCAGCCGGCGAGCUGUCCCUGGCCAGUCCCGUCUGCGCUUUUCCCCAGUGGCCGCUGGUGCCCAGGAGAGAAGGCAGUAGGCUUCCACCCUGUCAGGGAGACCCUGUGGGAGCAGGGCUGUCCCAGCCCCCCCCCCCCCCCCCCAGACCUGUCACCGGCCAGAUCGGGAAGGGAACUCGCUGGCAUUGUGAACACGAGGCCGCCCCGGGCACGCGCCCUGGCUUUGUAUUCCCGUCUUGAAAGAGCAGCGCUUUGCCCAAGUUACUGCCCUCCUCCCUCUGCACCUCUGCUAUUGAUUGCCUGGUCUUUCUUCUUUGUCUGGAUGUCUGAUCUGAGUAGACUUCUCUGUGUUCAUCCCUCCCAGAGGCUGACGUGGGGGUGCGGGUGGGGAUUCGCCCCGUGAUGUGUGAAGAGUUCUCUCUCUCUGCCCCAUGGAUAAGAACACCAGCUUCUGCCCUCUGUUCUUCGUCCUUCCACACGAGGAGCCUUUUCUUCCUUCUUAGGCAAACUUUGUAGAUGAAGCGUAACGCACACAAAGAAAACGCACUCACCGUUUGUGCACAACUCAGUGAAGUUUCCCGAAGUGAAAACACCUUUGUUUCAACAGAUGCAGCUUUUCUGUUCGCUGUUGGGCCGAUUGUUGUUCUUUUCCGCCAGUAGCCGUGCGUAGUUUUCCUUAGGUCCUGUGAAAGGGGUCCCCAAGCAGGGCAUGAUGGUGUCGUUCGGCCAAGCUGGUGUAUCUCAGUGGGCUGGCACUGAGAGGCCUAGGGUGGGAUGUCUGGUCCCCCUGCUGGUCACCAAACCAGAGCUGCCCGGUUCCUCCCAGGUCUCACAGUGGCCCCUGUCAGGAGGGUCAGGAAGAUAAGUUGGCCUCGAUGCCUUUGAUAGUGGACGCAGGGAUUUGGCCCCGGCUGCUCCAGGCCGUCCCCUGCCUGCACUUGCUGCUGGCUGCCCUCUCCAGUCGCUUGGUGAGGAGGGGGCGUUUGGGAGUCCUGCUGUUCUGCCCGGAAGGACCCUCUUCAGCUGGAACCCACAGCUGUGGGAAGCCCCCUUUACAACCGGCUGGAAGAGGCCUCUACCUUCCAGCCCCAGUCUGGGCCCCUGCAAGGGAGGAAAGCAGCCAUACCAGUGAUCUCUUGAGCCCUGGGCCUUUGUGUCUGCCGAAGGCCUUUCCCAGAGCCCCCCGACAGAUAGGAGGAGGAUGAAAUGUCCUGCCAUCCCAACACGUAUGUCCCCAAGGACCUGGGGAACAGUGGGCUUAGUCCCGGACCUGUGUGCCUCCCUCAGGUGUAGGCUCCAGCUUGGGGGUCUUAGCCCAGGGCGGCUGUUAUGCUGCUCGUGCUGCCAAGGUUGGGGAAGUCAGUGUCUGAGAAGGAGCGUGCUCUAAGGUGAAGCCCUCAGUGCCCUGCUGGGUGAGGGCCUGCCGCCCGCCCGGUCUUAUCUGGGAGGGGCUUUGCUGAGAGACCCACAUCCCUGGUCAAGUUACCUCUGGGCAGGGCAAGGCUUGGGGUCUCCCAGAAUUCAGGGGUUGCAGCCACUUGGGGCCGUGUGAAGGUUGUGAGAGGCCAUGAAGACUGGUGCCCCCCAGCUAGACAGAAAACAACGGGGAGCCUGCCAUUCUCCAGGGUCCCCAUGUCUAGAUAGCUGCCUAGCUCAACUGUGACCAGAGGGAACAGUCCCCCCACGAGGAACCCAGCCCCGAUGCGACGGACAGGCGCAGCCGUAGGCGGUGGGGGGAGAGUCAGAGGAGUGGCCAGAGCCCCACAAGAGCAGCAAGGCUCCUCUGGUAUAUUCUGGGGCUCCCGUCCCGUGCCCACAGCCGCCAGCAUGUGGUUUCCCUCAGCCCAGAAGUAAUAAGUUUAAAUUUUCAUCUUUAGUCUCGCCGGCUUAGUGAGUAAAUCAAGGUUCGUCAGAUUUUCAUCUGUAUCUUUCACUGUUAAUGAGAUCUUGCGUCUUUCCACGUGCUACACGUAAAUACUCUCAUCACUUUCCUUAAAAACAAGAAGUAAACCUUCACGUCCAGCCCUGCACACCCUUCGUGCCCGGCAUGGUGCUCAAGGCCUUCUUCCCCACGUGCUGCGCCUCGGCCGACAGCGGCCUGCUGGUGGGACGGUGGGUCCCAGAGCAGACCAGCGCUGUGGUCCUGGCUGUGGUGCACUUUCCCUUCAUCCCCAUCCAGGUGAAGGAGCUCCUGGCUCGGGUGCAGCAGGCCAGCCAGGUGGGGGUGGCCGUGCUGGGCACCUGGUGCCACCGCCGGCAGGAUGCCGAGGAGAGCCUGGGCCACUUCCUGGAGGGCCUGGGUGCCAUCUUCUCCCAUGAGCCCUGGCUCCAGCUGUGCCGGGAGAGGGGCAGCAAGUUCUGGAGCUGCAAGGCCACCCGCCGGCAGGCACCUACCUGCCCCGGUGCCCCCGGCGAGGACCAGGUCAUGCUUGUCUUCUAUGACCAGCGCAAGGUGCUGCUGUCCCAGCUGCACCCGCCCGUGGCCCUGCCUGACCACCAGGCUGGCGAUGCCGUGGCCGGUGCUGGGGGCUUGGCUGCUGUCUUUGACACGGUGGCGCGCAGUGAGGAGCUCUUCCGAAGUGACCGGUUCGACGAGGGCCCCGUGCGGUUGAGCCACUGGCAGUCGGAGGGCGUCGAGGCCAGCAUCCUCGCGGAGCUGGCGAAGCGGGCCUCGGGGCCCAUCUGCCUGCUGCUGGGCGGCCUGCUGUCACUUGUCUCAGCCGCCAGCGCCUGCCGGGUGUUGCAGCUGUGGCCCCUGUCCUUUAUUUGGAGCAAGCUCUCCACAUGUGAGCAGCUCAGGCACCGGCUGGAGCAGCUCACGUUUGUCUUCAGCACCCAGAAGGCCGAGAACCCCACCCAGCUGAUGAGAAAGGCCAACGUGCUUGUCUCUGUGCUUCUUGACGUGGCCCUUGGUCUUGCGCUGCUAUCUUGGCUUCACGGGAAGGACCGGAUCGGCCACCUGGCAGAGGCACUCGUCCCCGUGGCUGAUCACGUGGCUGAGGAGCUCCAGCAUCUCCUGCAGUGGCUGAUGGGAGCACCUGCUGGGCUGAAGAUGAACCGGGCGCUGGACCAGGUCCUGGGCCGCUUCUUCCUAUACCAUCUGCAUCUGUGGAUCAGCUACAUCCACCUCAUGUCCCCCUUCAUCGAGCGCAUCCUGUGGCACGUGGGCCUCUCGGCCUGCCUGGGCCUGACGGUCGCCCUGUCCAUCCUCUCAGACAUCAUCGCUCUCCUCACCUUCCACAUCUACUGCUUCUACGUCUACGGCGCCAGGCUGUACUGCCUGAAGAUCUGUGGCCUGUCCUCUCUCUGGCGUCUGUUCCGGGGGAAGAAGUGGAAUGUUCUGCGCCAGCGGGUGGACUCCUGCUCCUAUGACCUGGACCAGCUGUUCAUCGGGACCUUGCUCUUCACCAUCCUGCUCUUCCUCCUGCCCACCACGGCCCUGUACUACCUGGUGUUCACCCUGCUCCGGCUCCUGGUGGUGGCCGUGCAGGGCCUGAUCCAUGUGCUCGUGGACCUCAUCAACUCCCUGCCGCUGUACUCCCUCGGCCUCCGGCUCUGCCGGCCUUACAGGCUUGCAGCCGGCGUGAAGUUCCGAGUCCUGGAGCAUGAAGCUGAUAGGCCCCUCCGCCUCUUGAUGCAGAUAAACCCCCUGCCCUUCAGUCACGUGAUACGCACCUACCGCCUCCCCAGCUGUGGCUGCCACCCCACCCACUCCUGGGGCUCCCUGUGCCGCAAGCUUUUCUUCGGUGAGCUCAUCUACCCCUGGAGGCAGAAAGGGGACAAGCGGGACUGACGGACCCUGGCCACCGGCCCGUCCGGCACCGCCACACGGCCACAGUCAGCCCUCCACCCUGCCGGGGACGCUGACCGUCAGGAUGGCACGCAUCCGUGCCGUUUGCCUUCUGUGCCCCCGGUUGUCUGAGGCCUCUACGUCUGCCCCUGGCUCCGAGGCUGCGGGGUGCUGAGCAGGAGGUCGCAGGGGCAGCCAGCCGGGCCAGCAGGCCCGUGCUUCAUCACUAGCAGUGUUUGCCUCGGGACCCGCCUCCUGACCUGCUGGGAUGGCAUCGGCAACCCGGUGCCCCCCAGCCCCCGGGGGCCUGCCCAGGAGCCCUGCUCUGCCCCUCCCAUCACACCCAGACUCCGGGAGGGGUUUGUAGGCCUCUACCCCUGACCACCACGGCCACUGCCAACGGGGCAAGCUGGCAGCUCUCCCUGUCGGGAGGUGGAGGGACCCCUCCCGGGAUGUGCUCAACGGUCCUUGAGGCGGACCCCCAGCAUCCCGUCCUUGGGAGUUGCUCCAGGGUCCCCAGAACCAGCAGCCCCGGUGGCCCCGAGCCCUCUGGGAAGCCGGCAGCACUGCCCUCGGAGCCUGGACCACACAAGGGUUUGCUUGAUGCCACCCGGAGAGGUUGUUCUGCAGGGGGAGCUGCCGCGGGCCUUCGGGUCUCCCUGUGUGAGGCCCGGCCACGAGGGUGCCCGGAGCCGCCUUGCCAGAGACCAGACAGCCAUUCACCCUGCCGCCCUGUCCCUGCCCCACACCCCUGCAGGAACAGGCCCCUGGGCCAAAUACCAUCUCCCUCACUGACGUCGCACAGAAGCAGGCAGCUCCUAGAGAGACACGUUUGUGGUCUCCAGUGUGUGUGUGGCGGGGGGGUGGGGGACAGCAUUCAGGCCGCGUCUGCCUGCCGGCUGGCGUGGCAUCUGACUAUGGGCGCGAGCCCCACAAUCCCCAGGGGGAGGAAGACUGUACGUGCGGAUGGCAUCGUCUGUGUUUUGUCCUCCUGGAGUUGUUUGUGCUCGUGCCGUAGCCCGAGCAGGAGAAGGGGCAGCGGCCUCUGUUCAUUGCGGGCACUUGGGCCUGUCCACCUCUGCCACCUGUACUCCUUGGCUGCGGGCCACGGCGGGGAGCCCCUGGGGGAGUUCCCAGCAGCUCGGCAUGUGACGGGACAGGUCCUGGCUCUGCCUUUUUCUGCUGAGACAAUAAAACUUCCCACCCGUU